AUGGGUAGCAUCGUUCGUUCCCCCAGCCCCAAGGGCCUCCGCUUUCUGAUAUCACUCCUCUUCAUCCAAGCGGCCGUCAUCAGUGCUUCUCCCACCCCAACAGUGGACGGUGAAAGCGCCAAUUACAUCAACUCCUUGCAGCGUGAGCCUCUUAGCAAGCGAGUACAAGGACAGUUCCGAGACUUCCCUAGCGACUACAAUGGUCGUGUUGAGAAAGGGACCUACCUCAAGUCACUUUUUCCGCUCGGCGACUCGGCGGCAAAGCAGCAGAACAGCGGAGUCACCGUCGCCACGCCGUGGCAGGAUCCCAAUGCUGUUGCACGCUGGGGAUGGACUCGCCAGAUGACCUGGGCCCCCUUCAACACCGAGGACACCGGCGCGGACUCCGACUUCGACUCUGACUCCGACGAUUACGACGAGUUCGACACAUCUCCAGGGUUCGGAAACCUCUUGGAUGUCACAUUCGCGGACCCACGUUAUCCAGUCGACCCAGCAGAGAAUGGGCUAUCCACCUACAUGCACGCGAAUAAUUUCUACAAGCGCGACGGUAGUGUUGGAAGUGCAACGGGUGCUUCUUACCAGAACGUCCUCAACCCAAGAUCGGGCGCCAUUCUCUUUGACAGAAACUUCAGCCCUCGCUUCCAAAUAGAGAAGAACGGCGUUGGGGAUGUCCCUGACCUGGAGCAGCUGUCUGAUAUUAUUUACUUCCAGUGGCUCGAGGCUUGCCAGACGAAGGGCGUUCACCCGAGCAACGUCAGGCUCAUCUACCGCGUCAAUGUUACCUAUCGCCCUAGUUUCAACAUCGUCUUGCAGGCUUUGUACAAUAAGGGACAUCAGUUUGUACCGGGAUGGAACAACAGGGUGACACUCUCGAUGGACACGGAUGAGGGCCUUGCCAUCCUUGGUAGCACCCAUGGUGCUGGUGCAGCGUUGUUCCUUAUACAACACAAGGCCGCCCUUGGUAACAAGAGGAUCACAGAGGUCACGGUCUGGGGAGGCUCGAGAGGGUUUGCGUUCAACGCAGACCCAGAGUAUGCGGGUCUGAACCUAAGGUUUACAGUCUCAGACUAG